AUGUCAUACUCUCCACAAACGGACACCGUCAUUUUAGCAGGUGACUUCCUCGCCAAGUCAACACCCGAAGGCUCACUAGCCAUACUCGAUUUCCUCAUUCAAAGCCUCGGGCGCGUAUACGCCGUGCGUGGGAACCAUGACCACAUGGUUGUGCAAUGGCGCGCUUGGAGGGAAUGGUUUGAACCUUUGAAGAUCGGGCACCGCACGGGUGCUGACUUCCUGACCACGAUCGAGGCAGAGUGGGAAGGUGAGAGGAGGAACGACGUAGACGCCGACGAAUGGGCGGAGAAGGCACGCAGGCGCGCCGCUGGAACUUGGCGCGCGAAGUGGUGGCGGCGUAUACCUUACUCAGGAAGCGGGCCCACGAAGAACCAAUGGAGCAUCUUUUCGGAACACUAUUGGCUUGCAAGAGAUAUGACGCAAACGCAGGCCGAGUUGCUGUAUUCCUCGCCGUCAGUCUUGCAUCUUCCCUCGGCACAUAUGUUCGUCGUCCAUGCGGGCAUACUCCCCUUUGAUCCUCGCCGGCCUCCGACGGACGAGCGUCAGCCUCUUGCACACAAACCUGAAGUCAAGGGACAGCUCGAUGACACCCAGCAGAUUUUCAGCGCGGGCGAUAAUGUGUCAGUAGAGAAACUGAGAACAUUGCAGGAGAAGGCCCUCCUGACGGACAUUAGGGGUAACCGAGACCCAUGGGUGCUGAUGAAUAUGCGCAGCAUAGAAGAUGGACAGGUUACCCGAGAUGGUGACAAAGGUACGCCGUGGACCGAGCUCUGGAAUGAUCAGAUGGGUCGUUGCGUCGGCUUCGACGAUGAUCUCUCAAGGACCGAGGUUACACCCCGAAUCAGGCACGCCGCUUAUUCAGAUGCACUCAGCGUUGCUUCCAGAGGCGCUCUUCCAUGUCAUCCGUCGACGGUUGUAUAUGGCCACGCUGCUUCGCGGGGCCUCGACGUCAAGCGAUGGACUAUAGGUCUCGAUACGGGCUGCAUAUAUGGGGGAAAGCUCACAGGGCUUGUCCUACAGCGCAGAUCCCCCGAUAACUCUCCUGGUGUUGAUUCAAUGGACACGACGGAAGCCGACGAAGACGAAGACGAAGAAUAUUAUGACAACUGGACCCGGUCUCGCCUCGCGCGGUCAGGUAGUGAGUUGCGAAGGCGAGAGCGGGAACUAUCGCGCCCGCGGAGGAAACAUAUCAAGUUUGGGGACAUCCACACAGGGCUCCGGGGUGCGCUCGUCAGUAUCUCAUGCCGAGGUCAAGAAGGCCUCGGCUAA